AUGCACGUCUUUCUAUUUUUUUUGAUUGCUGCCUGUACGGCUUUUCAAAUUACUUAUGCUGCAUCCGAUUGCAAAGCAUGUCAAUUGGAUGAACACUUCAGUGACGCAAAUGGUUAUAGUUGUUUUCAUUUAAAUAAUGGCAAAGUUGCUUGUACUUGUCCUGAUCAACGUUAUACACUGGAUAAACCCUGCCGUAUAUGCGAUCGUGCGAACAUCUGUGGUGAUAAUCCAAGUAACUUAUGUUCUGAAAUAUCAGCAACGGUCCCAGCUGCCCAAGACAAUGCGAAAACAAAUUUUGGUUGUUUCUGUGUUGACAUGAGUUUUUAUUUCGGUGAACCUUGCCCAUCAAGUCCUGUAACAUCGACAACGACCACGGGAUUCUCAGCUUCUACACCAAUAUUGACUACUACACGGUUGCCAUUAGCUACAACAAUAUUGACUACUACACGGGUGCCAUUAGCUACAACAAUAUUGACUACUACACGGUUGCCAUUAUCUACAACAGCAUGA